AUGUUUGCCAACGGCCACGGAAUUAUCUUGAUGAUAUUACCGACCAUAUGCAUGUGGUACGGAUUCUACAAAGCCCUGGAGUGUGUCUUCAAAGAUAAAUCUGCCGAGUAUUCGAACCGGAUUGUAACCCUUGUGCACGCCUGCAUCGUUGCUUACCUGGGGAUUGGGGAGUGUUUCGUAGACGGCUGGGCUUUCAGCACGUCCAACGAUUACGUGACUAACUCGCAAAUGACGGUGCUUCUUCUCAGUCUGGGCUACUUCCUGUUCGAUUUGGGCUGGUGCUUGUAUUACAAAACUGAAACUAACGUUAUGAUCGCCCACCACAUCUACAGUUGCUUCGCAAUCUACAGGACACUGCAGAAGGAUCAGUACGGUAAUCAGGCGGCAUGUUCUUUGGGCGGAAUGGAGCUGACGAAUCCUUUGCUGCAGGUUCGUUGGUUCUUGAGGACGCACGGCUUCCAGAAAACCACAGUGUUCACUGGGGUGGAGUGGACGUUCAUCGCCUUCUUCCUGGUAUUCAGGAUCAUUUUGGGUACCUUCGUUGGCUAUCAAAUAGUCUCUAAUCCCACUCAUGAUUGGGAGUACAAAGGAUUGGCCAUAAUGUUUUACGCAGUCUCAUGGGCUUUUGUCUUCAACAUGUACAACUACGUCAAUAAAAAGUAUCUUCGGGCGGAAUUGGUCGCAGCCAGCUCCACGUUGUUAAAUCGUAACAUAUCUGGCAACUCAUAA